CUUCCCGUUUGUAACUUAUACGUGUAUGUAUAUCCGAAAUCCGGAACUCUAACGUGUAUUCGACUCAACACCAAUUCAUUCCAUCUUAUACUACCAGAACUUGAGGAAAUAAUUCACAGUGAAAAUAAAAAUCACAAUGGCAUUCCGCGCCCUCCGCCGCAUGCCCCUCCCCACCACCGCUUCCUUACGUGCACCAGCGCAACAGCGCAUGUUCCACGCCACACCCCGCGCCUUCAUCAAAAUCGGCGAAGCGAUCCCCGAUCUCGAGGUCCUACAUGAAGACUCACCGGGGAACAAAGUGAGUCUCGCGAAAGAACUCGCUGCUGUGCACCGUGGGGUUAUUGUUGGCGUGCCGGCUGCGUUUUCCGGGGCUUGUAGUCAGAAACAUGUUCCGAGUUAUAUCCAGCAUCCGAAGUUGAAGGACGCGGGUCCGGUUUUUGUUGUUAGUGUUAAUGAUGCUUUUGUUAUGAAGGCAUGGGCUGACCAGCUCGACCCUACCCACGACUCCGGUAUCCGCUUCCUAGCCGACCCAGCUGGUGAAUUCACCAAAGCCCUUGACCUAGGCUUCGAUGCGCCCGCCAUCUUCGGCGACACGCGUGCCAAGCGCUACGCCAUCGUCGUCGAGGAAGGCAAGGUCAAGUCCCUCCACGUCGAGCCCGACAACACCGGUACCAGCGUUUCUAUGGCCGAGCAAGUCCUAGCUUAGGCGCGGCUCUUCGAGAAUAAGGUGUCUUGGUCUUGGUGGAUGGAUUUGAAAGGCAAGGAAAAUUCAACGAUUGUACAUAGGCGGAUAUGAUUGAAAUGAUGCUUGAAUCUAGAAUUUAACAUUCUCUCAAGCAGUAAAUGUAGUGAAAGUGGUGAAACGACGAGCACCCAGAUACUCAACAGGACUCUUGACCAUCACAAUUGUUUCACGAAUGCAUUAGAUCGAACCACGGGCUAUUAUUA